UUCGCUGACGAUACAGAGUAACAUACCCACAAUCUGAAGUGGGAGAGGGGCAGCAGAAGACCAACGAAGUAUAUUUUUGUAUCAAGUUUGCAUUAUUUUCUGGAUAAUUAUAAUUUGGCUAAUAACGGAACCAGCGGCCCGGGCCUCAGUCCGCGGUCAUAAACUGAUCUAGUAUUCGGGUUUCAAGCUCGUGCUUCGUUGUGCCAAAACACUUAGCUACACGGACUGAAGGUUCGUCAUGGGCGACAGCAGAGAUUCUCGAAGUCCAGACAGCUCCUCUGUGUCCUCACCACCUUCUGGCCAACGGUCGCCCCCUUUGGCCCCCUCAGCAGCUGCCAUGACCUCACUGCCGCCGAUUACCUCAGCGGUCAACAGUCCUAUUAGCAGCAUGGGAUCACCCUUUUCUGUCAUCAGUUCUUCUUUGGGCUCCCCAUGCCUACCUGGGACACCUUCCAUUGGCUAUGGCCCUAUCAGCAGUCCCCAGAUCAACUCUACAGUGUCCAUGUCAGGCCUGCAUGCUGUGAGCAGUUCAGAUGACGUAAAGCCACCAUUUGGCAUAAAGCCACUUUCAGGCCACAGCCCUGGACCCACACUCUCUCAGAAACGCCUUUGUUCCAUUUGUGGGGACCGCUCCUCUGGUAAGCAUUAUGGUGUGUACAGUUGUGAGGGUUGUAAGGGCUUUUUUAAGCGCACUGUGAGAAAGGACCUGAGCUACACUUGCAGAGACAACAAGGACUGUAUGGUCGACAAGCGCCAGAGGAAUCGCUGCCAGUACUGCCGCUACCAAAAAUGCCUGGCCAUGGGCAUGAAAAGAGAAGUGGUCCAAGAUGAACGGCAACGAUCCGUUCAGGAAGAGCGUCAAAGGAACAAAGAGCGAGAUGGGGAAGUGGAGUCCACUAGUGCAGUAAAUGAGGAGAUGCCAGUAGAAAAGAUUCUAGAAGCAGAAAUGGCCGUGGAGCAGAAAACCGAACUUCACACUGAUGGAAGUUCAGGAACCAGCUCUCCAAACGAUCCUGUCACUAAUAUCUGUCAGGCAGCUGAUAAGCAACUCUUCACUCUGGUGGAGUGGGCCAAGAGGAUCCCACACUUCUCAGAGUUAGCUCUCGAUGAUCAGGUCAUCCUCCUGCGUGCUGGCUGGAAUGAACUACUGAUUGCCUCAUUCUCACAUCGUUCCAUCACAGUAAAGGAUGGCAUUCUGUUGGCCACUGGCCUCCAUGUCCACAGAAACAGUGCACACAGUGCAGGUGUAGGAGCAAUUUUUGACAGGGAGAGUGCGCACAAUGCAGAGGUUGGGGCCAUUUUUGACAGGGUGCUGACUGAACUAGUGAGUAAGAUGAGGGAUAUGCAGAUGGAUAAGACUGAAUUGGGCUGUCUGAGAGCCAUUAUCCUAUUCAACCCAGAUGCAAAAGGUUUGUCAAACCCCAGUGAAGUGGAAUUACUAAGGGAGAAAGUCUAUGCAUCGCUGGAGGCUUAUUGUAAACAAAGAUAUCCUGACCAGCAGGGCAGGUUUGCCAAACUGCUCCUCCGGUUGCCAGCCCUGCGCUCUAUUGGCUUAAAGUGCCUGGAGCACCUGUUCUUCUUCAAGCUGAUUGGUGAUACUCCAAUCGACACCUUCCUUAUGGAGAUGCUGGAGGCUCCCCAUCAGCUGACCUAAGAUGGUCUGCUCGUGACCCAUUUGGUUUGCACCAGGGUUUACCGGCUCCCUGGACAUUGGGGAUUCACUGUGUCUGCUAAUUAAAUCUCCUGCUCAUGCCCUCCUUUACUCUGUCACCCCUUUUAACUCCCCACUUUCUCAUAUGCCGGUACAUCCCCAAAUAAACUUUAAGCAGUCAGAAAAUGAAGGAAAUAAAAACCUUACACAUUUUCCAGUGAUUUUACACAAGGGGAUUAUGAAAUUUAUCCUAAUGUAGGCUUUAGUUGUAAUCUUAAUCUUUAAAUUUUAGUUCCCCUAUAUUCAGCAUCUUUUUUUCCUUUGUUAAUCAUACAGAUGGGAAAUGUCCAUCACUUCAGUUAAAACAACUAAUUGGCUGAAUUCACAGCAUGAAAUUUCACCAAAUGAUCUUAUUUACACCCCUAUGGCCCUGCCUCUUUGCAUUCUAUCGGUUGCACUAUGACUGUAGAUUUUAGCUAAUGUGUUAUAUUGUAGCUUCAGUUCAUAAUUAUUAAGUAUUUUGCUCAUGAAAUGAGUCCAAUCUGUAGUUGCAUCAAUGAAAUUCAGGGUGUCCUCUGCCGGCUCCAUAUUAAAUGCUGUAGUCAGGGUUUUUUUUAAUAAAUUUAUGUGGAAUCAUUUUAUCCCAUUGGACAUGCAUUUUUGCUCACGUCCAGGGGAGGGCCUAAAGGCACAGAUUUUUUAAAUUUUAUUUUUGAAGAGCUUUUUUUUGGGGGGGGGGGAGGUUGUGUGUGAUUUAUUCAUAAUAAAUUGAGCUUUGUUCAGUAGGUCUGCAUACCUUCAUAGUUACAUAAUUCUCCAUUUAUCAGCAAAGUGGUCCAGUGCUUAGAAACCUGUCAAGUUCUUAAAACAGAACUUUCAGUGCCAGACCCACAUUUUGACCCCAGAGAAGUGAUCUUUGUAGUGUGUGUGUGUGUGUCUGUGUCUGUGUCUGUGUCUGUGUCUGUGUGUGUGUGUGUGUGUCUCUGCGCGCACGUGUUUGCGUACAUUUAUGUAUGUAAAUCCAACCACUUUUUUCAUGUGCCAGGUGUAAUAGGCUUCUCUUUCCACUCACUAAAAAAUUAGAGCUGAACAACUUGUACUGUCAGUGCUGACCAAGUAUUGACCAUGUGUUCAGCAUGAAGAAGAGAACUGUAGUGUAUGUUGGAUAGGUCCUGGUUUAGAUAUUUGAAAUUUUAGCUUUUACAUUCCAUCGAUAUCAAUGCCUGUGUUCUUCACUCAGUCAAACAAAACUUCUCUGUUGUUCACCUUUUAAAAAUUAUGAUUAAGCAGUGAAUUAUUUCAAGGAUGCUUGGUGAAAUUUGAUAGGAAUAAUUUUUCCUUAGUUACUUAAAAAAAAAAAAAAAAAAGAUGAAUCGAACCAGCAUCCAUUGCUAUCUAUGCAUCUGUUAGUACAGAGGCUGAAUGCAUGCAAGCAACCAGACCAUCUGGCACCAUUUUUAUGCACACUAACCAUAAAUAUAUGUGGAAGAGAGCAGACAUCCAUUCACAUAUCCUAGCUAUGAAAAAAAUGGAAGUGUAUAAAGAUAUUGCCCAUUUUCCAAGCUAUUUAAUUUUUCAUUGUAGUAGUGUAAAACUAAAUGUACCAGGUGCUUUCUCUCCUUAAUCCAUUACAUUUGAGAGCACAGGCCUAUACCAGCUAGUUUUUAAGUCUGUGCUUUUUGGUGCUAAACGUUAUGAUGGGUAGAUAUUUUGUCAACACCAAUGCAAACACCAGGGCAUGACAUAGACUCAUUCACUGGUUAAUAUGCAAACACACAUUUAGAAGAGCAAAAUUCAUAAUGCUCUGGUCUAGAAUUUCAUCGUCCAUUAUAUUUUAGUCCAUAAUUCAGGUCUUGUAGCUGGUGUAUAAUAGAUUUCUGUUUUGAUUUGUGAGCAUAUAAAAUGUGUUCAUCAUAAAGCACAUCAUGAAUGUAUUCAGAAAUUGAACAAGCGGUAGUUCAUCAGCAACUUCUAAGGUAAUCUGUCAUUUUUCAAAAUGGGUUUUAUUAGUCACAAUUUUUAAUUCUUUAUUUUGCGGCUUUUGAUGAAUGUCCUAUUUCUUUGAGUUGUCCAUCUGGGUUCCAGAAGUUUAUAAUGCAUCAUCAUUUCAUGUCUGAUGAAUGCAGAUAUUUCACUUUAUAUUGUCAGUGUUAGGACUGUCCUCUUCCACCUAUAUGAUACUAUAAUGCUUGCGUUCUCUUUACUAAUUCUUAUAUUAGGGAGGGUCUGUAAUGCAGUACAAGGUCACUCCAUAAUAGUUUAAUGGACACUUUUCUAUCUAAGUGGGCAUGCACUUUUUGAAUUUGUGCACUGUAUUCCACCUGAAAAAGUGGUUGGUUGUUUUGUAAUUGGGGCAACACUACAGUUUAUUAAGUCUGUGAAGCAUGAUUCCAGAAUCUCAGCAUUUUUGUUCAACAGAGCGGAAGGGAAAGACAAAAAUGCACACACGAGUUUUGACUAAGAAGAGCUGUUUAACUGCGCUAAAACCUUUUGUUAAAUUUAGUGCAAUGGGCUUCAUUUGUUGUUACUUGGUUGUAAUUUACUGUAAUUGGUCCUUGCUAUUGAAGACACCACCAACUUGCAUGUGCCCAUGGCUGGCUUUAGGUGUUUUUUGGGUUCUACUUUUUUUAUUUUUACAAAGUAAACAGUUCUAUUCAAUGCAGAAAAAAAAAACUGAUCAAAGUUAAGACUCCACUGGUGCUUUCUGCCAUGCCUCUGCUGCAUUUUAUUUUUUCUUGUGGAAAGUUCUUGUCUGAGUGUUUGAAACUGUAUACUCUGAAAUAUGUAGUGUAAAUAUGCAGUUUCUCACCUAGAAAAAAAAGAUGCCUGUCCUUUACAAUGCACGAGUCUGUUUAUGUUGUUGAAACAGCAGUAGUUGAGGACUAAACUUGAAUAAAGCUGCAUCUGGAUACACAUAUAUAAGAUGUAAACAUGGAAGCAAAAAUAUUUUGAGCCCUAAAAUAUAAGGCUUAAAUUGUCCCCUUGAACAGUCAUACUGGGCUGCAUUACAUGAAGAGUAGAAGCUUAACAACUAGGAGAAUAAUAUCCUGCCUAAACAUGAAAUGCAAUUGAAGAGAAUUCAAUGAAUUCAAUGACACCCACUAAAACAAAAUGAGAAAUCUACAGUUUCAAACAAACAAAAAGCUUCUCUGUGUUGCCUGACCCUCCUUUACAUCUUUAUGUCUUAUGUAUUGGUGUAUUAAAGUGCAAAGAUUAUAACUUAAUAUCUUUUCCCGCUUUAAUUUAAAUGUUUUAUAUUUUCUUUGCGUUUUUUAAAUUACUCUCGCAGUUUUGGAAAUGACUGUACUUAAAGUGAUCUACCUGACCACGCUUUCUUUUGUUCCAUGUCUAAGUAAAUGUAGAGUUGGUUUUGUAUGCUCUUUUUCUUUGACCAUGUCUCCCUCACCGUCAUCAAUUACAAUUUAAUUCCCAAGUUUUAAAGAACUUUGAAUUUGAAUUUCUUUCUUUCUAAUGAUUUUGGUUUUACUAAAUUAUAAGCCAGGUCUGCUGGCAUUACAAUGGAACAUUAAAUCUGGUAUUGAUAAACCACUUUUCAGAAGACAAUACCUUGUGCAUGUUCUUUAUGUUUCUAUGUCAGAUGUGGCUUUUCCUUGUAAUUUAUUUAUUUGUAUUUCAAUACACAGUCUAUUUUCUGAGUGUGUCUUUUGUUAUGUUGAUUUGAAAUGCCUCAAGCAAAAAAACAAACAAAAAAAGUGUCAAUUAACUAAUUUCAAGUUGCAAAAGAACAUGACCUAUAUAGAGAGAAAUCUGAUUUCAUAAUAUCUUGAUCAUAAAAGCUCUAACUAAUCUGGGGUCCUUCGAUUUAAAUCCAGUAGGACCCUUGGGCCUUGGUUGGCAGUUGCAGUGUACUGAUUAGUGCACUGGAAGGGUACCCUUUAAGACUGUUAUGUGCUAAAUAACUGACCAGUGUGAUAUCUUGUGGAAUAGUGAAUGGUCUCUCUGAAUUAGUUAACCAACUGGUGGAAUGAAAGUUUAAUUUUAUUGUUAAUCCUUUGACAAGAUCAGAUCAGAGCAAUAUUUAUAUUGCUGUUGCUCCUUGAUCACUCUCCUUUUGGGAAGGAAACAAGACAUCAAAUGUGACUACUACAGUUUGGUAAUGUCCAUCCCCUGCCUUUAAAUGGACAGUGAUUUUUUUUUUUCCUGUCAUGAUGUGAGCCAAAUAAAUAGAUCAAGUUUUUAAAUAGGUUAAGCUUUGUAUUUUAUUAUUUGUUAUGGUCAGUGCAUGGUAAUGCAUUAAAACUAUAUAAAACA